CAGAAUGGUUAACCGAUAUCUGUAUUGUAGUGUACCUGGUUUGAUUGGCGAAUAGUUAUUUUUUAUGGUGUGAUUGAAGCAAAACGUUAGACUUUUCAAAAUGGACAGGGGAAGCUCAUUCAGGAGACAUCCAUGUCCGAAGCAAAAUGCAGGAUUUUUCUCUCUACUGACUUUUUCGUAUCUCCUAGGUUUCAUAAACAGAGGUCGAAUACGCGAAAUAGAAGAACGCGAUCUUUACGAUGUUAUGGAUACAUUUCAGUCCAAGAAAUUGGGCGAUGAGCUUGAGCGUCAUUGGUAUAGAAAUAGGGUGAAGAGGAAAAAUCCAUCGUUGAUUCGGUCGCUUGUGUCCUGUUAUGGCAAAGUAUUUUUGCUGCUAGCAGUAGCCCAGGCCAUCUCAAAAGUUAUCUAUACAUACACAAUGCCAUGGGCUACUAGCAAUUUCGUGUCUUAUUUCACGCCAGACCAAACUGAGACAACAAGGCAAAUGGCAUUGUAUUACGCUCUUUUCAUGGCAUCCAUCACUUUCUUGAAUGGAUUAUGGCAACAGCAUUUUGUGUUGUGGAAGCUUGAACUCGGUAUCAAAAUGCAAGCAGCCAUCUCAUCCUUGCUGUACAGGAAGGUAUUGUCCUUGAGCCAGUCGAAAGUAUCGGAAAUAUCUACAGGAAGGAUUGUUACAAGUAUGGUCAAGGAUGUGGCGUCGCUCAAUCAGGCCAUUUUGUAUGGAAUCGACUUUGUGUUAGAGUCCUUCCAAGUUUUGUUAGUAUGUUAUUUGCUCUACACAAAAAUGGGGGUCGCUUCCAUUGGUAGUUUGGGCAUUUUGUGUUUUUCAGUGACGUUACAAAUUGCUGCUUCUUUCCUGACAUACGUGAAAAGAAAGGGAUGUAACCAAAAAUCGGAUCAGAGAUUGCAACAAACUCAAGAAAUAUUGAGUUCGAUAAGACUCAUCAAAAUGUACAGAUGGGAAUCGUUCUUUAAGGAAAAGUUGUUGAAGUUACGAAAAGUUGAACUCUCAAACCUGCACGGUGUAUUUGUGUGGAAAAGUAUAUCCAUAAUCGUUGGAAUAGUAUCAGGAAAAUUGGCCCAAGCUUGCCUUUUCGUAUACUACAUUCACCUUGGAUAUAGCAUUAAUGCAGGCAUUAUUUAUUACGUGCAGGAUUUGUUCCAAAAGGUUGGAAAAGCAAUGAUUUUCAUACCCCUCGGUAUACAAGCCAUGGCUGAAUUCAUGGUGAGUUUGAGAAGAGUCGACCACAUUCUCAACUCAGAAGAAAACAACGUAGUGUAUAAAAGCACAAUUCAAAUGCUGAAACCAGAGAUAAAUCUAGCUGGAGUAGAGGUGGAAUUCGGCAAUAAAAAAAUAUUGCAAAAUGUCAAUAUAAAGUUCUCAUCAGGUUUACACCUACUGAUCGGUCCCUCUGGAUGCGGUAAGAGUACCCUACUGAAGGCACUUCUGGAAGAAUUUGACAUUUCUAAAGGCAGACUUAAAGUCCAAGGUACGAUUUCAUACGCCAAUCAAAAUCCAUGGCUGUUUCCAUCAACUCUCAGACAGAAUAUCUUGUUUGGACAAAAAUACGAAGAGAGGAAGUAUAACAAAGUCCUGGAGGUUUGUGGGUUGAAAUACGACUUUAGUAGAUUUGCCAAUGGCGACGAAACUAUCUUGACAGACUGUGGGGCUAAUCUCAGUAGAGGGCAACAAUGCAGGAUCAACUUGGCCAGGGCAAUAUAUAAAGAAAGCGAUAUUUAUCUCCUAGAUGAUUGCUUGGCUUCUCUUGACGUUCAAAUCAAGAGUCAAGUGUUCAAUAAUGCUAUAAAGGAGUAUUUACGCGGUAAAUUAUGCCUUUUAGUUACUCACAGCACCCAUUUCGUCAAUCAGGCGGAUACUGUAACUAUCAUGGGAGACUCAACCGUCAAAUAUUCAGGACACCCAUCUAAAAUUCCCGCAGAAUUGUUCAAAGAGAUAGAGGAAGAGCAAAAUGAUGAUGUUGACGAGACCACUGAUAUUAUUUCUCCUGAAGAAGAAGUAGUCGACGAUAGAGAUGAAGGAAGUGCACUUUUACCUCAGAAAAAGAAGGACAAUAUUUAUGAGGAGAAGAAAAAAACUGGGAAGGUCAAUAUGCAAAGUUACAAGAAUUAUUUCAAGUUUGGGGGUGGAUGCACUAUGUUUAUCGCAUUAAUUGGGCUGCAUAUUAUUUGUGAGGUUUCCAGUGGAGCAGGAGACAAGUUCCUGAGUAAAUGGGUAAACGAACAAAAAGUUAACGUAACAAAUACAACCACGGUCCACAACAUUACCCUUGGAACAACAACCCAGUCCCCUGAGUUUGUGGGUUAUACAACAGAAAGUUUACGAAUUGACACAACGACUUAUUUCGAUACAGAAAUAUCUCAAAACAUAUCCUUCUCCACUGAUUCAUAUUUGGAACAGAAUAUUUCUACGGUAAUGCCAACAUCAGAAGAUAAUUCUUGGUUAGGUGGAAUCGAGCAGUUUAUAAUACAGAUAGAUAUGUUCACUUUGUACGUAGCUGCAAUAAUCUUUUCCACAAUCUUCGUGGUGGUUCGCUGCUUCGUCACUUACUAUUAUACAAUCAAAGUUUCCAAAAAUAUCCACAAAUCUAUGGCCACCAACAUUCUGCAAGGAUGUAUGACAUUUUUCGAUACCAAUUUGAUAGGGAAUGUACUCACCAGAUUUUCGAGGGAUCUUUAUAUGAUGGAUGAAUUGGUACCGUUCAUUUGGCUCGAGGGUUUUAGGCUUUUCUUCCUGCUGCCCUUCGCCGUUCUCUUCAUUGCAUCCGUCAGUUUUACAUUAGCCGUUGCUUCAGCAGUCUUGAGCAUUGCUUUUUACUUCGUUUGUGACUAUUUCCUCUGCACCACGAGAAGCACACAACGGUUGAGCAACUCCACCCUCAGCCCAGUUAUUGGUCAUCUCAAUUCAACACUAGAAGGGCUCAUAAUCAUCAGAGCAUACGGUACACAACACAUUCUGAAGAACGAGUUUGACAGACAUCUAGAUUUGAACAUUUCGGCCAAUCACUUGAGAGAAAUGGCUGCAAGGACUUUAGGAUUCUAUUCGCAUACUUUGGCGACAGGAUUUACGGUUGUUAUAGCAUUAGCACUGCUUUUCUUGGAUCUAGGUGUCUUGGCUGGAGAUGUGGGUCUGGUCCUCACCCAAUCAAACCUGUUGUGCCUCUUCCUAGAAUUUGGUAUUAUGAUGUGGAUGAUGAUGGAAAACAACAUGACGAGCGUCGAAAGGGUACUAGAAUACACGAUACUCCCUCAAGAGAACCAAGGUGGCAGGGAACUCCAACAAUGGCCUUAUGAAGGCAGCGUCAAAUUCCGAAACGUCAGUUUGACCUACAGGAAGAACGGUGAAACUGUACUCCGUAAUCUUAACGUGGAUAUCCUUCCACAAGAAAAAAUUGGAAUAGUUGGUAGAACAGGGGCAGGAAAAUCCUCCAUCAUCGUCACGUUGUUCAAAAUGUACGAUUUUUCUGGAGACAUCAUGAUCGAUGAUGUUAACAUCAAGACGCUAUCGCUGGAGUGCCUCAGGACGCAUCUUUCGAUUAUUCCUCAAGAUCCCGUAAUUUUCAAGGGGACUGUUAGGAGUAACAUCGACCCUAAACAAACUAUAACUGAUGAACAAGUUUGGAAGACGUUAGAAAUAGUAAAUUUAAAGACUUAUUUCAAGAGUUUAGACGAAGAUUUGGCGGAAAAAAAUCUGAGUAUUGGUCAGAAGCAGUUGAUUUGUUUGGCUCGCGCUCUGACAAGGCGUUCUAAAAUCGUGGUACUAGAUGAAGCGACUGCCAACAUGGACGAGAAAAUGGACUCGUUUAUUCAGCAGAAAAUCAGAGAACUCUUCCAGUUUUGCACGGUCAUAACUGUAGCGCACAGGUUACAUACAGUCAAAAAUUGCGAUAGGAUAAUAGUUAUGGACAGGGGAAGAAUAGUAGAAUUCGACACACCGCAAAAUCUACUCAACAACUCUAACGGAUUAUUCUACAAAAUGGUGCAUCAGAAGAAGGAAAAAGUGCAUGAAUCUCAAAGUAAAAAGUUGACUUGAUAAAAAUUUUAAUUAACGAAUGAAAGUUUUGAAAGUUGGAAGUGAACUACAAAAAAAUAAAUAAUAUCUAGUAUGAUAUUAUUUUUAUGAAU